AUGGGUGUGUUUCCGGCCAAGAAAUUUCAAAGUACCGCUGAUGCGGGCAAGUUCGCGGUGAGGUAUCGAAAAUUAAUGGCGAAACAUCCAUUUUUGCUAUUCGGUUUACCUUUCAUGUCCGUCAUUGUAGCGGGCUCGUUUGUCCUUACACCAGCUACAGCUGUGCGCUACGAGAAGCACGACCGACGAGUUAGGCAGAUGACCAAAGAAGAGGCAUUGGGUGUCGGCAGUUCAAGGCGGAAGGUCAAUAUGAAAGAUGAAUACUAUAGAUUGGCUGCGAAAGACCUCGACGACUGGGAACAGAAACGCGUCAAGAGAUUACCUGGCGAGCACGACGGCGUCCUAUAA